AUGAAUGACGCAUUAGAAAUUAUAGGGGAGGGUAAUAAAAUGAUUGUGUUAAGGACAAAUGAUAAAUAUGAUAUUGAUGAUAAUAAUAAAAAGAAUGAUAAUUACCUUAACAAUUUGAGAUUAUUAAAUAAUGAAUUUAGUUUUCUUAAUAAUGGAAAUGUAAAGAUAGACAAUAUGGUUAUAUCCUAUUCGUACUUCUAUAUACUGAAACAUAUACAUCUUUAUAGUUAUAUAUUUAUAAAAAGAUCAGUUUUAAAAAUUGUUAAGAAGAAUGACAUGAAAGUGUUGAAUAUUACCCUACAAAAUAAUUGGAUAAAAAAAAUAAGUUACAAGAAAUUUAAAAUAUUCAACAAAUCUUAUUUAGCUGAUAAUAAUUUUGUUAUAUUUAAUAAUGAAUUUGUUGAUCUUAUAAGAAAUACUAUCGAUUUUUAUUAUUUUAAUAAAAACAAAAAAAAAUUAUGUACACAUAAAAUAAAAACAUAUAUACAACAUGCAGACAAACUUAUAACACAUAUAAUUGAUUAUACAGAUAAAGUAAUUAACUAUUUAAAUGAUAACUCAGAUAAAAUUAUAGAACAAAUUACAUUUAAUAUUAAAACUUUCUUAAGAUAUAUUACAAAGAAAAAAAAUAUACGUAGUAUAAAAAAAUAUAUUCUAAAAUAUUUAAAAAGUUUUAAUUAUAAGGAUAUAGAAAAAUAUGUAAUUAUAUAUUUUUAUGAUUAUCUUAAGAUAUUGAAACAAAAUAAAAACAAGAAUUAUAAUAAAAUGUAUAGGAAUCAUGAAAAAUAUAUGUUUAGCGAUAUAUAUAAUAAUAAUAAUAAUAAUAAUAAUAAUAAAAAUAAUGAUGAUGAUAUAUUGUAUGACAAUAUUUACCAACAACAACAAAUUAAUGUAGGGUAUGUAGAAGAAAAUUUAUUUUCUGUGCCUUAUUUUUUAUUACCAAAAUAUAAACAUACAGAGAAUAUACAACCGCAAACAAAAUCGUUAGAUAGUAAUAUAAAUUUUGAUACAACUAGGAAUAUACAAUAUAGUGAUAAUUUAUCUAAUCCUGCAAGUUUUUAUAAUGAUAAUAAUAGUAUAUCAAAUCAAUCUUAUAUAGAUUAUACAAGUGCACAAAAUGUUCAUAAUGACAUGAUAAAUAAUAAUAUGUGUUAUAAUAAUAUAAAAAGUAACUUUAAAUAUAUAAGUGUGGAAAUUAAAUUAAAAUGUGGUUUAACAGAUUAUCAAAACAUGUAUGAUAGGUAUAACAUACAACAAUUAAUAAAAAUAAAAAAUAAGAACACAGAACAUUUGUCUUUAUAUGUACCAAGUAAUUUCUUUAAUCUUGAUUUCUGGGAUAUUUUUUGUAAUUUGAAUUAUAUCUUUUUAUUCAAUAGUAAUAAUAUUAAUAUGUAUAUAAAUAAUAAAAAACAUAUCAACACAUCUUUAUGUUCAUUCAAAUAUUUCAAUAAUUUUUUUUUUAAUUAUUCCUUGUACUUUCCGACAAAUGAUUCAAUUAAUUUUUAUUUUAAUUAUUUAAACCAAUACAAAAAGGGAACUAGUCGAAAUAAAAAGAAACAACAUGAUAAGAAUUGUUAUGAUGAAAAUUUUCAUAAUUAUUUUAUUAACGAAUAUAAAACAAGAAUGAAUACAUAUAUUAAUGAUUACUUUGAAGGAGGUAGCCAAUUUAAUAAUUCAACAAAUAAUAUGAACGAAAAUUUUAAUUACCUGACUUUUAUGAACAGGUCAGGUGAAAUGGAAGAAAAGAAGAGAAAAAAAAAAAAAAAUUAUAAGAACAAAGACAUUAAUAAUAAUAAUAAUAAUAAUAAUAAGAUAGACACUGAAAUGGAUAAUAUUAAUAGUAAUAGUAGUAAUAGCAAUAGUAGUAAUAGUAGUAGUCGUAGUAGUAGUAAUAAUAAUAAUGAUGAUGAUAAUUAUUAUUAUAAUGUUUAUUAUAAUAACAAUUGUAGUGAUAACUCCUUUUUAAGGGCAAGUCAAAUGAACAACCUUGUUAAUAAAAACAAUAUUGUAUUACACAAUAAUUUACAAAAACAUAGUGCGUGGAAAUAUAAAAGGAAUCAUUAUAAUAUAAUAAAUUACUGUCAGAGAACAUGUAUAAUUCCUGAAAGUAUUAAUUAUGCAUAUAAAAAUUACAUAUUUAGUAAUUACUUUUAUUUAAAAUAUAUAAUAUGUGGUACGAAUUAUGAUAUAAAACAAAUGUUGUUAUGUAUAAAAAAUGGUGAAUAUCGUUAUUGUUUUAACAAGUUAUUAUAUAUAUUAGAUAUAUAUAAAAAUAUGUAUUAUGUACAUAUGAAAACGUUUUGUAAAAAUGCUAUACAAAAAUUAAGAAAACAAUAUGAUGAGUUAAUGAAUGAAUAUUAUAUACCUGAGAAAUUACGAUUUAAUUCAAGAAAAGAUAAUAUUUAUUGGAAUAAUGAAUUAUUUAAUAUCAAAUAUUAUUAUGACAAAGGAAAAUAUGGUAGUAACAAUCAUAUUGCAAUGGAUACAUCUUUUAGUAGACAUGAAUAUAGUAUGAGAAAAAGAUGCAUUUUUAAAAAUAAUAAAUUAUUUAAUUUAAUUUUUACAGAAAUGAUGGAUUUUAAAUAUAAUAAUAAAUUUCAAAGAAUCAUCUCUGAAUAUUUAAAUGAAUAUAUAAAUGUGAAUGGAUUAAAAGGGCAGUUUAUUAAAUUUAAAAAAUAUUAUAAUACAUUAUAUUAUGAUGUCUAUAAAAAGUUAAAAAAUCAAUUUGAAAAGAAAUAUUAUACUUUGUUAAGAGGAGAAUUUAAAAUUAGAAAAGAUUUUUUUAAAAAAUUACAAGAAAAUUUUAAACAAAAAGUAUUAUAUAAAUUAAAUAAAGAAUUAUUUUAUUUAUAUGAUCAAAAAUUAAAAAGUAAUUAUUAUUUUAACUAUAUGAUGACAAAUAAAUUAAAUAUGUCUGUUCGAACCUAUUUUUGUAAUUGUCAAUAUUUUAUAUCAGAUAUAUUAAAAAAAGUGAUAAUAACAUAUCGAGAAAAAGGAUAUGAAGAACAAGUAAAUUAUCAUUUAUUUUGUUUAAUAGAUAUAAUGAAUUAUAUAUAUAUGAAAAAUAAAAAUAAAUGGACAAAUCGAUUUAUGUUAUUGAAUAAUUCUUUUAAUAAUAAAGAACAAUCAAAAAAUAUGAUUGAAUUAAUUCAAAAUAUAAUGUAUCAUAAUUCAAAAUUAACAAAAAAAAAUCCUUUUGAAAUUAAUCAAAAUUAUAAUGAAAAUUUAGUUAUUUUAUCUUGUAUUAUUAGAAAAGAGAAAUAUUUAUUUUAUAAACUUUUAUAUUUUCAAUGUUUUAGUUCAGGACAAGUUCAAUUAAUAUCUGUUAUGUUAUAUUUUAUUAAAUUAUUUGAAUACUUAUUUAAUUUUAGAAAAGAAGAGAAUGAUGAUUUAAUAAAGUAUGAUCAUGAUAUAAAUAGAUUAAAAUAUGAAGAAAUAAAUGAAGGAGAUGAUAAUAUAUUUGCAAAUUUUAAAUAUUAUAAUAAAAGUUUGGAAAAUAUAUUUAAUAUCACCGAAAAUAUUUAUAUAAAAAAUCACAAAAAUUUAUUACAUUUUAUAAAUACACAAAAGAUUAAAAGAUUAUCAGAGUAUGUAUUUACUUCUACAGGGAAAUCAUCAACAUAUGAAAAAAAAAUAAUUAAAAAUAAUAGGAAUAAAAAAAAAAAUAUAAAAUAUGAUGCAUUUAUAUAUUUACAAAAUUGUCAUUUCAUAUUAGGAAAUGAAUUAUUAAUGGAUGCUAUACAAAUAUGUAACAAGGCAACAAACAAUAAUUAUAAUUAUUUAAAAACAGAAAUGAAAGUAAAUACAAGAAAUGUAUACUAUAGUAUAUAUGAAAAAAAUCAUCCAUCUUUGAAAAAAAAAAGAUUUACAACAUAUACAAAUCAAUCAUAUAUAAAAUCAAAAUAUAGAACUAGACAAAAAUUUAUUGAAGAUAUAUUAAGUAAGGAAACUUUAAUAACAACAGAUCAUUUCCAUUAUUUAUCAAGCUCUCAUUUUAUGAACCAUUUAAAUAGUAAAAAUAUUUGUCUAUUAAAAGAAAAAACCAAACCAGUGAAUAUCCAUAAAGCAAUGCUUGUAUAUAAAAAUAUGAUUUAUUUUGUUUGUAGAUUUUUAAUAAGUAAAACAUUUUGUGAUAAUAGUACCAUAUUUAAUAUAUAUGUAAACCAUGAUAAUACUAUGCAAGAUAUUAAUACCUUACAAUAUUUAAAAAAUAAUCGAUUUAAAUUAUUAACCAUAAAUAAAAAUAUAAAUUCAUCAAAAAAUCAUGCAAAUUUGUUGAUACAACAUGAAUAUUAUAAUAAUUCAACAAAUAGUCAAGAUGAAAAUAUAGAAGAAUAUGAUCAAUUUAAUCAUUCUGAAAAUAAUACUAUUCAUAGUAGUAACAAUAUAGAUAGUUAUAAUAAUAUGAAUAAUGAUACUAUCAAAAGAAGAAAUAAAAUGAAUAAAAAAAUUUAUAUUUCAAGAUCUAAAGGAUCAUCCAAACAAUAUCCUCUUAUAAGAAAAAUUGAUUUAAAAAGAAAAAAAUUACAAUAUACUAAUCAAAUGAAUAAAGAUUUUAAAAAUUUAAUAACAAGUACAUAUAUAACACAACAAAAUAAACAAAUAUUUUAUCGUAUUAGUUUAAUUGAUCUUUCUAUCAAAUCUUUAAAAAAAAUGGACUACUGGAAAAAUCAAAUGGAUAAUAUAAUAUCUAUAUAUAAUAAAUUUUGUACAAAUUAA